GAUUCCGAGUGCUUCCGAUUAGCGGCGAACCGUAUCUUCAAUUGUGAUUCAUUCAUCAAAUAAUAUUGAAGAAGAAAAAAUGGAGGAGCAUAGAAAUCUUGAAAAAUUUGUGGAAAAAAAGCUGUAUGUAUGCAAAAAGAAGUAUAUUGACAUUCCGAAGGACGAGGGCCAAAGAUAUGGUAAGCACUUUAAAGCACUGAAAUCAAAAAUCUUUGGAAUACUGAGAAAGGAGAGUGCACAGCUGGACACCCUCAUCGCCGCGUACAGUUUGGAAGGUUUGUAUGUUUGGCCAGCAGUUCCUGAUUCUCGCCUCCUUAGGCGGCAAGUUCACGUAACUCCAUCCCAUUUCCGAUAUAUAAAGAUAAAAAAAAAGUCCGGUCGUAUUCGUGUAUCCGCGCUUCGUAUUCGUUUCCACCGCGAUUCCUCCGCGCCGCGUUCCUCAGUCAUUCGUAUUCGUUUCCAUCGCGAUCCCUACGCGCCCGGGUUUCUCAUUCAUUACUAACCGCGUAGCUUAAAUUCCGCAGGCAGUGUCGGGGAUAGGUUAAAGAUCGCGAAGCCCAACGAAUUCGAUUUGGUAUUUAAGUUGGAAUUUCCGUACUACAAAAGCAUCGCCGUGACGCGAGAUCCGAAAAUUCCGGGCAACGUACUACUCGAUAUGACGCGCGUGUUAGAGCUCCUUAAGGAUGAUCCCCGCGAGGAUUUCCAGAGAAUUCGGGAACUGAUUCAGGGUCGACUCGUGGAUGCGCAAAACUUUCUCGUCGUGGACAGGCUUCGUUCUUGGCUUCAGAGCUUGUUUAGCCAAGCACUCAACCGGAUAUCAGAUCGCGUGGAGCUGGUUCCCGGCGCCGUGUCCCAUCUCAAAUAUAGAACCUGUGGGCCGGCCCACACCAUCUACGUGUACGGUGAUUAUGAGUACUCUGUCGACUUCGUACCUGCCAUCCGUUUGGCGGCCGAACAGAACGUCUUGCCCACGAAGCAACUGGAGUACUUAAACACUUCUUACUGGGAGGCGAUUCCCAAGCCUCUGAAAAUCCUAACUGAAACCAGCACCAUCUCCUUUCGCUCCUCAUUUUACGCCUUAGAGAAAUUAAUGCUGCAGGGUGUGCACGAGAAUUGCCGGAAUGCAAUUAGGUUUAUGAAAAAAUUUCGCGAUGUGAAGACCAACUUGGGCAAUUGCAAGAGUUAUUACAUUAAAACUUUAUUUCUUUGGAAAAUUACACAGGAACCAAACUCCUACUGGCAGAAUCCGCUCUCAUUCAUUUUACCCGAUAUGUUCCACGACCUGGCGGAGCACUUACGGCGGGGAGUUAUUCCCUUUUUUUGGGACCCCGAGCUGAACAUGCUCGACGCAUUGACCCGUAAGCAAGUUUGGGAAAUGUACCUGUGCGUGCGAAGGAUUCCAAAAAUGCUGUGGGCCGCAGGGAUCAGCCGGAAUAAAUUGAGUCUUUUCGUACUUCGGGCAUUUUGUCACAAAAAGGAAAGAAAUUUAAAUCUAAAGUGCAGCUCUAGGCGAAAACGAAAUGUUAUUAAGGGACUGAAGACCACUUAAAUUUGCAUGCUAAGAAAUGCUCGAACUAACGGUACCGCGCUGGACUUUGGACUCGAGUCGGCCAUUCGCACAGGCGUCCAUCGGAAACGGUGUCUACUUGGGACACUCUGCGAGAAUACAGUAAUAGACGUGGCGUGGUCCGAAGGGAUUGUGGAGUCAGUGGACAGUGUCCUGCGACACGAGCGGUCCUAACAGACGUGCGCUUCCGGGUGGUUGCAAAGGUGGUUCUGGGAAGAGCAUUGAUUCGCAAUAAUGGACGAUACACCUGGGGCGGUUCUCUAAUCUCAGUGCAAUUUACAUAUGUACUCUCUAGCAAUUGUUGAAUGCACUUUGGUGGUAAUAAAAGGAACAUCAAAUGG